UCUCAACUAGGUGACAGUAGCUAUCUCCAACUUGUUGCUUUACAGAAUACAACGCAAAACAUCUCGAGGAAACAGUUUUAUUAAAUUCUUCUGCCUUUUACUUAAACAGUGCUAGUGUUAAUUUAGCAAAUCUUGUGGGAAAAUGAAGCUCGUACAAUUCGUUUACAAGGAUAACCCGAAGGAAACUCGAGUUGGUUUCUUGUCUGGCGACGAUGUUGUUGAUAUAAACAAAGCAGAUCCCACAAUAUCAAGUACUCUAAUAGAGAUAUUGAAGAACGGUGGUAUAGAAAAAGUGAAACAACUUCAAAAGACCAACCCGGAAACCGUUCCCUAUUCAACAAUUACUUUAAAAGCGCCAAUACAUGGAGGGGAUAAAGUUCUCUGCGUCGGAUUGAACUAUAAAGACCACUGCGAGGAGCAAAACUUUCCGCCACCAAAAAUUCCGUUCAUUUUCAACAAAUUCCCAAGCGUCAUUGUCGGGCAAGAUGAACCAGUCAGACUAAAGCCUGAAGUCUCCGAGAAAGUUGUGUGUGAAGUUGAGCUGACCGUGGUUAUAGGAAAGACAGCAUCCAAAGUGAAGGCUGAAGAUGCAUACGACUAUGUUUUAGGGUACACUAUCGCCCAAGAUAUAGGCGCCACCGAUUGGGAGAAGAAUAACAAUAUCGGACAGUUGUUGUUGGGGAAAUCAAUGGAUACGUUUUGUCCAGUCGGUCCGUGCAUAACCACUAGCGAUGAAAUUGGAGACCCUCAGGCGCUCAGUAUAAGAUGUAUCGUGAAUGGGGUGCAGAAACAAAAGAGCAACACUGAUCAGUUUAUCCACAAGAUUCCCGAUAUUAUAGAGAGGCUAUCAAACCUCUUUACUUUGUUGCCUGGUGAUAUUAUCUUGACGGGUACUCCAGGCGGCGUGGGGGUGUACAGGGAUCCCCCAGAGUUCUUACAAGCUGGUGACGUGAUUGUUAGUGAAGUUGAGAAAAUUGGUGUCAUGAUUACAAGAGUAGAGAAUUUCUAAAUUCAGACAGUUUCAAUAUUUCUUCUACAAUUAUUCAAAUAACUAUUUUGAGUGUUUUUUUUUCGUGUCUUGAUAGAGUAGCCUGCCCGAUGGCUAUAAAUAACUGUAAUAAACAGAACAUAUUAUGAGAUACAAUAUCA